UACAAAACCGAAACUCAAAACUUCAAGAAAGUUCAACAAGAUAAAAAGCUGCUUCUUUUUUUUAUUUUAAUGCUGAUUAUAGAAUAGAAAUAACAAAAAGACAACAUUUAUCUGUGAUAUUGAUAUAACAGAAAUGGAUUUGGAGGAACAUAAUUCUCCUUCUCCUCCACCACCAACAGAACCGGCCCCAAAACUUCCUCCACCAUUGCCUGAAAGGCACAUCAAGUCAAUGAUACAACCAGCAGUAUUAGAAAAAGUUCAUGUUGAACUAGAGGAAGACAUAGAUGAUGAUGAAAUAUCCCAACAAAUGACUCAAUCAUACAGUGAGAUUUCUUUCAAAUCUGGUUUCAGUCCAGAAGGUGAAUUACCCCUGUCCUCAACUUUGGAAUCUGUUUCAAUUGUGGAUGAAAUCAAACAGAGGCCCAUGACUCUUUCUUGCAGUCGUGUUCCCAAUUCCAAACCCAUGGUCCCAUUAAAUUUAGAGGGAUCUGUUCAUGUGGAAGGUAACAUGACCCAUUUUGUUGCAGAGGAUUUGGAGCAUAAAAUAAGGCUUUCUAGUCCAGUUUCCAAGAAAGAUGCAUCAAGUGUAUCCAGUAAUUCCAGAACCUGUACUCCAAAUUCUCUCUACAGGCAAUUAUUAGUGCCUCAAGUGGGCCAGCUGGAUAGUGCUUUGAUAAAUGAUUUGGAAUGUGAGGCACAUCAUAUGGCUACCUCUGUUGAUAGCCUUAUAGAAAACCUAUCUGGAAUAUUACAUUCUAUAUCCUCAAUAACAGCAGACAAUGUAGAUGUUUAUGAAAAAGCUGUAGCAAAAAUGUCAGACUCUAUGGAUUCAAAUAUCAAGAGUAUUUACACUAUGAUGGCCAAGGCAGAAGAGGUCACCCAAUCAAUGAAAGUUAUGGAAAGCCAUUCUGCUAGAAUAAAAGAAAUCAAGAGGCUUGUUGACCUAUUUGAUACCUUUGUCUGAGCUUGAAAUAUGAGAUCAGGGUGUUCACGUAUCUAUUUAGCAGCUUUAAAUGAUUUCAAGUCCUUGGGAAGUAGCAGAGUAUUGAAUGAAAUUGAAAAUUGUGAUGAAGUGCUGAAAGCUGAAAAGAGAGGUAAUGUAACUGAUAUAUUUCUAUUGUUUUUUGCCAUGUUAUAAUAAAUGUACCAAACAGCUGAAAUA